AGUGUGGGUUGUUCCAUGAGAAUAAUGUAUAAUAUCAUUGGUUGAUGUUAUUUUCACUGAAAUUUUUCCAUUGGAUCUUGGAAUAAUAUUAUCGUACCGGUCAUCCCUUCUUGUUAAAAACCUUAACCAGUAUUAAAAAUUUUUUGUCGCGAAGAAAAAUAUAGAAAUCAUCAUGAUAAAAUACCACCGGCAGUGUGAAAUCAAGUGGUGAUAGUUGAACAUAUCUAAACUCUACUAUUCUUCUCUUCUUGAAUUUUUUUAUUUAUUUUAUUUUUUUUUAUUAUCACAAGCGCGUUUGAUACCGCGCGCGCGACACGACGAUAUAACAUCAUUGUCGUCACAAAAUUCAUAGGAUAAACACCCACUCCGUCCCUUAAUAAAAAAAAAAAAAAAAUAUAUAAUAAUUAAAAGUUAAUUAAUUAUUCAUUGAUUUAUUUAUACUUGUAUUAUUUUAAUUUUAAUUUUUAAUAAUUAUUGGUAAAUAUGGUGCGUGUUAUUUCUACAAGUUUGGCAAUUGGCCUCGCCCUCACAGCUUGUGCCUGUUUUCCUCGUGUUGCAUCGGCAAUCGACCUCACUAGAUUCUACGGACACAUACACUCAAAAAGAUCAGGUGAUGCAUGUCAUCCUUACGAGCCAUUUAGAUGUCCAACUGAUGGAACUUGUAUUUCGAUUCAGUAUUUGUGUGAUGGUGCUCCAGAUUGUCAGGAUGGAUAUGAUGAAGAUGCACGUCUUUGUACAGCUGCAAAACGACCACCAGUAGAAGAAACAGCAAGUUUUCUUCAGUCACUUUUGGCUAGUCAUGGACCAAAUUAUUUGGAAAAAUUAUUUGGCAGUAAAGCGAGAGAUGCUCUUCAACCUCUUGGUGGUAUUAAUGCAGUCGCCAUUGCUCUUUCUGAAUCACAAACAAUUGAAGAUUUUGGUGCUGCUCUUCAUUUAAUGCGUUCUGAUCUUGAACAUUUACGUUCUGUUUUUAUGGCUGUUGAAAAUGGAGAUUUAGGUAUGCUUAAAUCACUUGGUAUCAAAGACUCUGAACUUGGUGAUGUUAAAUUUUUCCUUGAAAAACUUGUCAAUACUGGUUUUCUUGAUUAAAUUUAAACAAACAUAAAAAUGGAAACAAAAAAACAACAAGUAAUUAUUAUUUAAAUGCAACAUCACGUCAUCGCUACUGCAAUUCAAAAAAUAAUUAAAAUUUGGCUAAAUAAUAAUUUCGAGACAAUCUUUAAAUGCCUAUGAUUAAUUAAUUGAAUUGCAGUGACGUGAUUUGUGCACAUUUAUAUAAAACAUCUAAUUGUUUAAAAAUAUAUUAUAUAAUACUGUCGUCGCAUGUGAAGAUAUUUUAUAUUUUAAAUUAUAAUUUAUCUUAAAAAUUUAGUGAGAAUGAAAACAAAUGUCUGUACAAUCAUCUUCCUAUAUGAUAUAUAUAAUAUUCGAGCUUAUAUUUUAUUAUAGCAAUAUUAAAAAGCACAAAUUAAUUGAUUAAAGGGGAUAGAAUAACAACUGGCCAACAAGAAAAAUUAAAAUAUUCAACUAUUGAAGGUGCAAAAAAAUUUCUAUGGCCUAUGGAAAAUUUAAAAUCUUAAAAUUUAUUUAUUGAUUAAUUGUAUGGUGACCUUUUACAAAUACUCGUUAUCAAUCGCUGGCUUAAUUCAUAAUUUUAUUUAUGGAAAAUAACAAAAGUAUAUCCAACAAGAGGUCACAGGUAUUUUAAAAAAAUAAAAAACAUAAAAUCUUUUUAAGCACAAACGAAAAAACACAGGUCAACUGGGGAUUCAUGUUUCUUUGGCAUUUUUUAAUUGAAAAAAAAUUUAAUAAACAACAAUAAAAUAAAUAAAUAAAUAAAAUGUCUGGGUGGUUAAAUACGUGGGUGUUAUUUCAGAGAAAUCGUUAGAAAUAUAUUCCGAGAAUUGGUUUAAAUAAUGGCUUGCGUGUACAAAAUAAUGCCGAGUAAAUUUAAUUAUAUAAUUUUUUUUUUGUUUAUUAAAUUUAUUAUCUUGAUGGUUUUUUUGAAAGAAAAAAAAAUAAGAAAAAUAACAUCAAGAUAUAUCAAUUACUUGUCAGCCCCAAUUGUACCUGCCAGUAAAUUAAUUUUUUUUAUUGCGAUUUCAAUCAUGAUGAUAAAUAUUAUUUUUUUUUUAGUUUAAUAAUAUUGACGAAGAAAAUUAUAUUUUUUUUUAACGCGUCAAUUAGCUAUUAAAAAGAUGAUUUAAUUAAUUAUUUUAAUUAAAAAAAUUACAAGGGUUGACACGCAGGAAUCGUGAAGCUCUAAUUCAAAUUAAUUUCUUUGUUUUUUUUUUUUAUCAUUUCGAUAUACGUUGUAUGAAUAACGACAACAAUCUUGAUAAAAUAAUGAAAGUAAUAUUAAAAUAAAAAAAUUGUGGUACUUACAUAUCAAUGAAAAAACAUAUCAUAAUAAUAAUAAAAAAAAUAUACACGUAAAUAUUAAUUAAUAUUAAUAAUGAAUAAAUAUAAAAAUUUAUAAAUAAAAAAUAUGAAAAUAUUCUUAUAGCUUCAAAUCAACAUUGUCAAAUAUUUAAUUUUGAAAAACAAACAAGCUAAACGACAUUAUGAAUUAAUUAUUGUUUUUUUUUUUUUUUUUAAUUUUGGCUUGAUUAUGAGACAGUUGAUUUGUUGAUUAUAAAAAACAAAAUACAUAUCAAAUUGAUUUUAAAAUGUUUUAUGAUGAAAAUAAUAUUUUGGUAAAAUUUGAAAAAUGUUUAAACCAUCAAUAGAGCAUUUUAAAUAUUAUAAACUUUAAUUGCAAUUCAAAAUAGGGCCUGAAUUGUAAUUGAGGAUAUAAUUGAAAUGAUUCAAGUCAAACCUUAUCAAUGACUCAUCAUCAUCAACAUCAUCAAGUGACAAAAGAUCAAGUCAUUUAAACAACAAACUAUUUGACUUGUCUUUUAGCACAUUGAUGUUAUUUAUUCAUCAUAUUGUUUAUGAUAAAAACAAAUAAUUUAUAAACAAAUUGUAUUUAUUUUUAUUUUACAUAAUUGGAAUAUUUUAUUUCUAUUUUUAUUUCCAACAAUAGAGUGAUCGGGUUUGUCGAAAAUUAUUUCAAAGCCGUGUAUAGAAAAAAAAAAAAAAAGAAAAGUUUUCGAUAAAUUUGGUCAUUGUAUAUUAUUAUAAUUUUAAAAAAUAAACUUUAUGUCGUGUUCAUAAUGAUGAAUUACAGCUCUUACUGUACCAUUUAAUAAAUUAUUUCAAAAAAAAUC